UCCCAUGAUGCACCGCGCCUUCAACGGCUUCAGUCAUUCAAGCAGCUCAGCUCUGGUGGUCAGGAGAGCGUCUGUUCUGUUAGGCCAUCUGGGUUCGGGUAACCUGUGUCCUGAACCGGACCGGUCCCUGAACGGGGGUCUCUACUCUCUCAUUUCGAGCUGAACUUCCCCGUCCAUGCUUCAGGAAUCACCGGCCGUUGACGGGAAGCGAGUGUUUGGGCGGCAGAAGCGGUGCUGUCAGCGAUAUAACAGCAGAAAGCGUUAAAUACACAGACAUAAACCAACCGGAAAGAGAACGGUGGGGAUUUAACCGUACUUUAAAAGCAACUUGAUGGAUUUAGAGACCGGAAGAAACGAACUGGGAGCAAUGGGAGAGUCGCUGCAGCCGCAGACCCCCAGUCGCCACGAGAAAAGUCUGGGACUGCUCACGACUAAAUUUGUGACUCUGCUGCAGGAAGCGAAGGACGGAGUGCUGGAUCUCAAAGCUGCUGCAGAUACUUUGGCUGUAAGGCAGAAACGGCGCAUCUACGAUAUCACCAAUGUUUUGGAAGGCAUUGGACUCAUCGAGAAGAAAUCCAAGAACAGCAUCCAGUGGAAGGGUGUUGGUCCAGGUUGCAACACGCGUGAAAUUGCAGACAAGCUGAUAGACCUCAAGUUGGAAUUGGAGGAUCUUGACAGGAGGGAACAUGAACUGGACCAACAGAGAGUUUGGGUUCAGCAGAGCAUCAAGAACGUGACCGACGACUCGCUAAAUAGCCCUUUGGCGUAUGUAACGCAUCAAGACCUCUGCAAUUGCUUCAAAGGUGACACUCUUCUAGCAAUCAGAGCUCCUUCAGGAACACAGCUGGAGGUUCCUGUGCCUGAAUCUCAUGUUAAUGGACAAAAGAAGUAUCAGAUUCACCUGAAGAGCUCUGCAGGCCCCAUCGAGGUCCUGUUGGUGAAUAAGGACCCCUCUAGUUCUUCUCCAGUGGUGCUGCCCGUGCCCCCGCCUGACGACAUGCUUCAGAGCCUCUCCACCCCAGCUUCAACUACCUCUGCUGCUGCUGCCCCAACCAAACCAGCGGCCAACAGUACACCAUCCUCCACCUCCACCUGCCAGAGUGUCAGCACCACCACCACCACCACCGCCACUGUCCCUCCCAACACAACCACUGCCUCUGCUGCUGGGGCAGCUACAGACAUUUCUAGCACCUCCACUUCAGAUACAACAGUAAAUCCGACAUCUUCAACAGACACACAGCAGCUUCAGUCUUCUGCGUCAUUGGACAGCAGCUCUGCACUUCCUGAUUCCUCAACCCUUUUUGAACCAAUCAAAACAGACCCUUCAGAUCUGCUGGAUCUCCCCAAAGAACUUUCAGAAAUGUUUGACCCUAAAGAAAUGAUGAGUACAGAUUUGCUUGAGGAGCUAAUGUCAUCAGAAGUUUUCUCUCCGCUCCUCCGUCUAUCCCCUCCUCCGGGUGACCAUGACUACAUCUAUAACCUGGAUGAGACGGAGGGCCUUUGUGACCUCUUUGACGUUCCCAUUGCCAACCUUUGACCUCCAAACACACCGUACAAUGAGAGUAGUGUACUUAAAAUAACUUUCUUUUUUGAUGUACCCUUCUGAAAGGAGAAAAAAAGAAAGAAAGUGUGGCUCUGUGUCAGAUCCAUAUGUAUGAUAAGCUGAAUCUGUGUGUGUAUAUAAAGCUUUUUUUAUAUGUGUAUAUUUACUCCAACCCCAAAGCGGCUGACUGAAAAUGAACUUUCCCUGCUAAAUUCAACUGAUCCAAUCUGAUGACGACAACAAACAUCCGUACAAACCAUUUUUGUUAAUUAGUCCCAAACGAAUUGUUUUUAUACUACUUUUGUAUAGACAUCAAGGGAAUUUCAUGACUAAAUUCACCAGCAGAGGUUAAUGGUUCAAUGAAAAAUACCAGCCAGAUGUUUCUUUUUAAAUGGUCUUCCUCUUCUAAAGUAGCACCUUUUUCUCCCUCUUGUUCCGUGUAUUUACUGAUUUACUUUAUUACUGAUCUGGACACAACUAUUAUACAGAUUGUUAAUGAAACAGUGUAUUAUUUGUGUUAUUAUGCUUUUGAAGAAAGCAUGCCUCUAAUGCAUAUAUUUUGAAGCAAUUCUGCCAGUAGGAAAAGGUUUGUUCUCAUCUUGCAGCUUUUGGAAAAACCGUACAGAAGUAAUUAAGUUAGGCUAGUGACGUAGUGGGGAAGAUUGCAUUGCAGAAUAGCGUGUAUUGUGUGGAGUUGAUACAGUUUGGUGCUACAUAGCAAAAUCUAUUUAUCAUAGCGUCUAUUCUCAGAAAAAGUGAAGGAACAUACUUUAAGUGUUGGAUGAACCAUUCCUGCUUUGUCUGUUUCAGGUGGGCUUUGUUAAUGCUAUUGGUCUCACAAAAUGACGAAAGCUCAUUUUCAUCACAGAUAUAAAAAAAAUAAAGUAAUUGCAACUUUUUAAUUCAAACUUUUUUUCUCAGCAAUUAAGAAAAAAAAUCAGAAUUAUGAGGAAAAGUCUUUUUAUUCUGUUUGAAACUAGAGAAAAAGUCUGAAUUGGUCAGAAUUACGGGAAAGUCAGAAUUCUGUGUUUAUAUCUCAGAAUUCUGAGAAAUUUCUCUGAGUUCCAAGAAAAAAGUUUUUUUUAUUCUGUGGUGGGAAACUGGCUUUCAUAUAAAAUGGCUAGCUUGCAGUGUUUGAAUAUGACUUUAACCUCGUUUAAUGGAGUAACUGCUGUGGAAAGGUCACAUAUAAGAUCCUGUACAAAUGUUAAAUUAGAUGCUAAUUGCUAUUUUUGUAUUUUAAAACAUCGUCCCUCCCUUUGAUUUCAGUCCAUAAAGUACAUCUGUCCUUAUCCCAUUUAUAUGUGUAUAGAUGCUUUUGAAAAUAAGUGACGUCUUCAUUAUGUCUGUAUAUGAGAAACUGUCUAAAGAAGGAUGUGUGUUUAGGGGGGGAGGGGGAAGUAAAGUCAAUAUGACGAGAAAUAGAGUAUCAAUGUGCUGUGUAUUGAACGUUGUCCAAACAGAAUGUCAUUAUAUGUGGGCUCCUGAUUGUGUCUGUACUGAUGGUUGGCCCCACUAUAAUAGUUUCUUGUUUUCCUAAUGUUCCUAUCAGCUAAAUGAUAUUUUUAUGCUUGUAUACAGUAAGCAUUUGCCAUUUAUUUUUGUACUUAAUAGAUCUCCAACUGCUCUGGUUUUCAUUAGAUAAAUAGUCAGCAGUUUUUUCUGUCUAGCUUAUCUCCACAUUGCACUUUAAAACAGUUUAUCACGCAGGUAACUUCCAGCCGUAUGCAUUGAUUGGGUUGGCCGAGUCAGUUUUACAGUAUCCAGGGAAUUCAAGCAGUUUUCAAAUCUUCACUGUGUCAUUGCAAAAUACCAGAAUUGUUGUUCUUUACUGGAAUUGUCAUCCCCAUGAAAUAAAGAAUGUUUUUGUA